AUGCCACAAACUUCCUCCAACAUGGAUGACCUGAUGGGUUGGAACAACCUGGUGGCCAACACAGCUUACCUGAAGGCUCAGCACAUAGAUCGCAAUGAGCUGAGAAAGCAAUGGCUCAACCUGACACUGCCCAGACCAAUGAAGUCCACUGCUGUGCGGACAGCUGCAGGAGGUCAGUACGAGUCACUGUGCGAGCAGCAGCCGAUUGGAAGGAAGUUGUUCCAGCAGUUCCUCUUGUCCUCUAACCUUCAGUAUGUGGUUGCAGCUCAGUUCAUGGAGGAGCUGAGUGGCUGGAGCUUUGCUGAAAAUGAAGCCAGAGAGAAGGUCAAACAGAGCAUCCUCACCAAGUUAUGGCAACCUGAGUCCAGUGGCAUUGUGUCCUACCUUAAAGGAGACAGUGCUGAGAGAUGCAAGACUUUAUCAAACAAGUACAUUGAUGAGGCAAUAAUGGACAAGAUAAAAGAAGCCACAAGAGACUUUUUGAAAGGAAAACCUUUCUCUGAGUACCUGAAAAGCUCCUUUUUUUACAGGUUCUUGCAGUGGAAGGAGUAUGAAAUGCAGAAGAUCAGUGACAAAUACUUUUAUGAGUUUAGGACUUUGGGGAAAGGUGGCUUUGGUGAGGUGUGUGCGGUACAAGUGAAACACACAGGCCAAAUGUAUGCCUGCAAGAAGCUGGAAAAGAAGCAUCUGAAGAAGAAAGGUGGUGAGAGGAUGGCCCUUUUGGAGAAGAGGAUUCUGGAGAAGGUCAACAGUCUCUUCAUCGUAAACCUGGUUUAUGCUUACUCCAACAAGACCCACCUGUGCCUGGUCAUGGACCUCAUGAAUGGAGGAGACCUCAAGUUUCAUAUCUAUGAGCUUGGGGAGCGUGGUAUCCGUAUGGACCGUGUUGUUCAUUAUGUGGCCCAGAUAACCACUGGAAUCCUCCACCUGCACUCCAUUAACAUUGUGUAUCGGGAUAUGAAGCCUGAGAACGUGCUGCUGGACAAUAAAGGACAGUGUCGGCUGUCAGAUUUAGGAUUGGCCGUGGAGCUAACCAAGGGCAAAAUGAUCUGCCAGAAGGCAGGUACGACCGGCUACAUGGCUCCCGAGGUUCUGAAGCAGGAGUAUUACAGCACCUCUGUGGACUGGUGGGCUCUGGGCUGCAGCAUCUAUGAGAUGGUGGCUGCCUGUUUGCCUUUUAAAGACUUCAGAGAGAAGGUGCAGAAGGAGGAGGUGACUCGCCGUACUCUGGAGGAUGAUUGCAAGUUUCAACACAAGCGCUUUGACGCUCCUACCAAAGAUAUUAUCAGCCAGUUACUCAGAAGGAGGGUGGAGCAACGCCUUGGGUGUUGUGGCGACGACCCACGAAACCAUGUGUUUUUCAAGAGUAUCAAUUUCCAUCGACUGGAGGCGGGGCUGGUGGAACCACCCUGGGUGCCAAAGUCCAACAUAGUCUACACCAAGGACAUGGACAAGUUCAGGAACAUCUCUCAGGUCCAGGACAUUGAGCUUGAAGACAAGGAUGAGAAGUUUUACACCGAGUUUAGCACGGGCGCUGUCUCCAUCCACUGGCAGAAGGAGAUGAUUGACAGUGGAGUGUUUGACCAGCUGAACAAAUCCACACAGAAUGGACAUGACUGUGCGACUGGCUGGAAAUCCAAGAUGUGCAUAAUAUUAUAGGUUUCACACUUUAUGACCACUGAGCAGAUAAGUGCCCUUAGAGACAUCCAUCCAUCCAUUUUCUACCACUUUAUCCUCCACAUGAGGGUUGCGGGGCGUGCUGUGCCAAUCUCAGCUGACAUAGGGCGAUAGGCGGGGUACACCCUGGACAAUGCGCCAGUCCAUUGCAGGGCCACACAGAGACAAACAACCAUUCACUCUCACAUUUACACCUACUGUCAAUUUAGAGUGACCAAUUUACCUAAUCCCCGUAUUGCAUGUUUUUGGACUGAGGGAGGAAACCGUAAAAGCCGGAGAAAAUGCAGAAAGGCCCUUGUUCCAACCAGAGCACGAACCCGUGGCUUCUUGCUGCAAAGGCAAGAGUUCCUUAGAGUUAUUUUUUAUGAAUUUCUUUUUUUUUCUUUUUUUGUUAAACAUGGAACACACUAGAAGUUGAACCUUGAAGCAGAUGUGCUACAGCAGCAGAAGACCACAGCAGGUGCAACUCCUGCCACUUUAUUAUGUGUCAUCUGUACCUAAUAAAGUGGUCAAUGAGUGUGUUUUUAACAGCCUUCUUACCAAAAGAAAAAUCCUCUUUGAAGUGCACUAACAAAGACCUGGAUACUAUUAUAAUGCUGUCACAACUAUACAUGAUGGGGCAUGUGUUUUUCUCAGGGCUAAAACAAAACCACACUUUUUGUUUUCAGUUUUAUGCCCGAGUGGAAACACAUGCUGACAUUGUGCUGCAACGGCUGCUUUAUACUUUGCCCUCUAUUCCUGGUGAGACAGCAGAUCCCAGUGCAUUCAUAGUUUCCAUUACAUCACUCAGCCAUCUUGGCAGGCCUAAGUGUUUACACGUGUUUGUAAACAGGCUGCAAAAUGGCUGUGUGUCACUGAAUAGCAGCAGGAUUAGGAUCAGUAUUUGCAGUAAUGUGUCACCUUUGUUAGAAGGACUGGAGGGUCACACAGAUGCCAUGAAUGCCUUUUGCUAAGAUGAGUGGACGGUCUCAAAUGAACUCAGUGCUGCCACACGGAUGUUGCUCAGUCUCUCAGGAGCACACAUUUACCACUAGGUGCCGCCAGACAUCCAUAAAGUGCUUUCAACCUCCCGCAGUGCUCUUCAUCAUCCCCUUUGUCCAGGGCUGUGGUAUUUACAAGCACCAGAUGACUAUUUAGAUUUAACAAGGGGGUGCUGUGAGACAAAUUGUCGUAUACACAAACUUUUUCCACUUACCUGUGUUAAAAUUAUAAAAAAACAAUGCCAACCUCCUUUAUUACCCCCCCAAUAAGGCCGAAUUUACAAGCUCUACACAACUUAAAUAACAUUAGGCAUAGCAACACAAAAACAACAUAGACUGGUUUGUUUCAACUCCACAGGCAAUUAAUUCUUAAAUCCAUAUGGAUUUAUUUUUCUCUGUUGAAUAAAAAGA